AUGAGUGCAAGUCCACAUUCUAACAUUAAAACUAGAACCGCGGAUUUUGCAGAAGAUUUAAAAGCUGAAAAGAACGAUGAAGAAGAAGAUGUGAAUUCCCCAGAUCCACCAACUGUAAAAAAUUCUCAAGACUACCUCGCUAGUGGAAAAUCUAAUGCUAAGACUAAAACCGGCAAUUUUUUAGAUGAAAGAGGUAAAUCUGACUUAAAUGAUAACGAUCAUUCACUUAAUCUAAUAACCAAAGACUUCAAAAUGCACAGUGACAUAAGAAAUCCCAAAGGCAAAGAGAAAAGAAAGGAUUACUCUGCCCGUUUACUUUAUUCCAACGAAAAGGAUUAUGCUGUCUAUGAAAUAGGUUCUCCAGAUCUUUGGCAUACCGUUCAUAUUCAAUUGUUUGAAAAACUGAGCACUCCAGAUGGGAAAACUGUAUGGAAUGAUUUAACUAAAGGCGAGGUAGCCAGUGUUGGUUCGAUGACACCGGAGUGGAUCGGUCAGGACUUAAACGUAAAGUAUCGUUCGACUAAAUGGAUUCCAAGAGAAGACUUCGAAUUACCUUCAACUGCUCGUUUGUGUCUUCUUGUACCAAUAAACGACCGCCAUGUCGAUUCCUAUACCGAUAACAGCAGUUCUUACAGUACUUACGAAGACUCAGACUACAUAGUGGUCCCCCAGGAGGACAUACUACGCACCAAUGAAGAUACAAAACUUACAGAAAAUAAUCAAGACUCGGAAAACGCUGUUAAUUCAAUUGAAUUUGUUGAACAGAAUCAUCCACGAAUAACGAUUCGUGCAUCAAGAGCUGUGUUAAAGGGUGGCGAAGAAAAGUUGAGUAUCGCAUCUCAUGGCUCUGAAAAAUAUCUAACGUUAAACCACCACCAACCUCUUCGGGCACAAAUCGAUGUAGAAGCACGGGCUGAUGAAAACCAACUAGUACGUAUAGGUGCUUCUGGCCGCAUCUCAAUUGCAGUUUCAGAUAACACUAGAAAAACACGUUCGACAUUAAACUUACAAGUUGGAAAUACAGGGCUAGCAGCUGCUCGUUUCAGAGUUACUGCACGCGACUGUUAUCCUCUGCUGACUGACUUGACCAAGAGUAAAGAGUCUAUCACGGCCGGACCUAUUCUAAUACCUCCAAGGCACACACGGAGUCUUCGUCUCGAAAUACCUGUUGAAAUGCCGGCUGACGACGCACACUGUUCUGUGUCAUUGAUCAACGACGAAGGCCAAUCUGUAGCUGUUAGGGAUGUGACAAUAAGGAAAGGUGACCGAUGCUUCUGUGUAUGGCACUGUGACUGUGUAUGCUUAGGUAUGGAUCCCAAGUUGAUGUGUCGCGACAUGGAUGAAGCGCGUCAGAAAGCAGCGGGACUCUCUACGCGGGACAGAAUGCGCCACACGCGCUCAGUGUGCUACCAAGACGAUGUCCCACUUAAUAUUUUCACUGUUUUCACUGGUGUAAUCUUUGUUCUAUUAGCCAUGGGACUGUGCAAAGCUCUUUUGGGUCUCGUAUGCAGCUGCAUCAGUAUCUGGGGCUUGGGGAUGUUACUGCGUGCGCCUCGGAAACUUGACCACUAUUACGAAAAGUCGCUUCGAUGUCGCAACGUCGAGUAUGAUGAAGACGGUUGGCCCAUACACCCAGAUACAAAAACAAGAACUGUACAUCUAGUUAGCAUGCAAAUGGAGUUUAUACUCAACACUAUUUUCUUUUUGUGCCUAGCUUGCAUUGUAAUUUACGAUGUGAGUCAGAGCAUCAAAACGCGAUAUUCGGCUAAGAAGGGCUGUUGCCUAGCGACCAUGGCACAGGAUAAUAAUGUUACUAAGGACGUUUUUAGCUCGCAUGAUAUUCAGGAAUUGGCGCCGCGGUGGCGGCGACGUCGUGACGGCCUGCGUAGGUGGAUGACGCCUCAGGCGCAGGAACUCUCUACAGAACUGUGGCAGGAAUCUCUCAAAAUACGCACUGCAGAUAAUUAUGAAUUUAUGCGACCCCUUCUACGUGAAAAGCUGUUACAUGAUAAUCGAGUGCGUGACAAUCAAUCACGUGUGACCCAUGACAAUCUUGACUCGUGUGUGGAUUCCGAACAAGAUGACACCGAGUAUGUUCUUACACAAAUGCAGAAGAGCAGGGAAUCGCUUGCUAGAAGUCAAAAAAAGAUGACUAACCUCGAUCGAUCGUCGCAUGCGGCAUUGCCCAACCUGGAUUAA